UUCCGCCAUUGCCAAAGAGAGACGAUCUAUCAGUCAGCAUCCAUUAAUGGCCGAGGAAGCAGUAGCAGCAGCAGCAUCAGCAGCACCGCCGGAGACCACCGUCGUAGAAACAGUAGAAGACGAUUCAUCAGCAGCGCCACAAGAGAUGGAUGUGGAAACUGUUGAGGCGACUAACGGCGGUAAACGAGGAAGAGAGGAAGAAGUGACCACUGAAUCGACGGAGAACGGAAACGAUGCGAAAAAAGCGAAGGUGGAUGAGGAGAAGUCUGUGGAAGAGCAGAGGCUGGAGAAAGAAGCAGCAAAGACUGGUCCGGUGGCUGUUGGUUAUAAGAGCUUCGAGACCUCUGUGCAGAUUUUUGAUUACUUCUACAAGUUUCUUCACUUCUGGCCUCCCAACCUCAAUGUCAAUAAGUAUGAGCAUGGUAUGUUGUUGGACUUGCUAAAGAAAGGUCACCUAGAAGCAGAGAAAAAAAUUGGUGUAGGCAUCCAAGCAUUCCAAGUUCGGUACCAUCCACAGUGGAAAAGCCGAUGCUUCUUUCUUGUUAGAGAGGAUGAGUCUGCUGAUGAUUUCAGUUUCCGUAAGUGUGUGGAUCACAUUCUUCCAUUGCCGGAAAACAUGAUGAACAAGGGAUUGGGUGGUGGCGGUGGCGGUGGCAGGGGUGGUGGGCGUGGAAAUUGGCGUGGACGCGGUAGAGGGGGUAAGCCGAGGAAUUGAUCAAGUCUCUUACCAUUUGAGUGACUUGUGGUAAACCAAGACACAAUUAAUAUAUAGAUGAGGUGCAGUAGUAGUAUGCACUGUUCUUUCUUGAAUGUCUGAUGGAUUUUGAAUUAUUAGUUAUGAUUGAAUUGGGAAGUUACACCAGCAUUCCCAAUUUUGUUUGAAA